AUGGCGGCAAAAAGUAAUGAAGAUGUCGAGGAUGUUAAUACAACUCGACAAUCUAUGACACUUGUGCCAGUUACAGGUGCAAUUUAUCACAAUGGGCUGGAAAAGCCUACAGAGCGAUGGAGCUUUGAGCUUGGGUUAAAUUUGUCGGAAGACAAAUUGCUUUAUACCAUUUUGAAGCGUUUGGAAAAAGGUUAUGGAAUCAAGGACAAAUGCGCCGCUUUGAAUAUUGCAAAGUUCAAGCUUCAGGUUUCAGCAAAAGAUUUUACACCGAAAUUACCUGAGUGGCCUAAAGGCAGGAUUUUUUCUAUUGACAGCCAGGAACAAUGCGAUAAUUGCUUUCCAAAAAUACUUGGGCAUGAAAGGGAACUUAUAGGUAGGCAACUUUUUACUAAUGUUACUAAUGAACUCUCUCAUAUAUAAACUUAUACAUGUGGGCCAUAUUUAAUAGUUACAUGUUUUAAUACAUAAAAAUAGUGACAUUUAUAGUGCGACUCAACGACGACGAUAUGUCAAUAUGUCAUAUGGCAUAAAAGUUCAAUAACUUGUUUAGUAAUACAAACAAUGUUUAUAACAGGUGUCAGGUUUAUCAACUUCUUGGAAUCAAUUCACAAAAUCACCUAUAACCACCCAAUACAUGAGCAACGUACCCUUCAAGAAGUUGUUCUUAUAGUCCAGUUAUUUUUUUCGUUUUAGUGAAGGUCUUUGUAGUUGAAGUAGUUCAUGUGCAUGAGGUACUAAUGCAAGUUGCACGUACAAGUUCAGAGGUUUGCUCAAGUGACUCAAGUAAUUUAAAUAACAGUUCAUCUCAGAAUGCGGUGCCAACUGUGUCAACUGUGAAUAAAAAGAAGAAAGCUGGUCGCCCAAAAACCACACACAGGAAAGAAGAUGAGGAAUUGUUUAAACGUUUGCGUCACAAUCCAGAUGGCAAUGGAGUUGAAAGAAAAGAAUGGCAAAUAGCAAAGUGGGAUCAAUUCAAGUCAGGUUAGUAAAUAAGCAGACCAGUUCAAAUCACAUAAGUUCAUAUAGAUGCAAAAUGUUAUUAUUGAUAUAAAAAAGAUUGGAGCUAACAUUUUAAAGAUAUAUACUGUAGUACUACAUUCCAUGGUUUGCGUAACAGGUCAAUAAAUAUCUGUGCCAUACAUUCCAUCACUCAUUUGAGUCAGUUGAGUGGCAUUUGAAAAUACAUCUUUGGAACUGCAUUUAAAGUGAUUUCUCAAGUGUACUGGACAUAAAAAUCGACAUCUUUUGGCUGAUCAUAAAUAUCGUCACAAAUCGUUUCCAGUAUUAAAAAUAUGCAUAUUGCAUAAUCUAAAAUUAAUUAAAUAUUUCUAUCGUGAGCAUAUAUUACCUGUAUAUCUAUUUUUGUUUCUUUAGCAAUGCAAAAUAAGUUUGGUGUCCUUGCAUUAAGCGAACGAUGGAUUCAGUGUGUUUGUAAUAAGAGAAUCAUGCUUAAUAAACCGCGUGCAAUCAACUUCUUUCAAGCAAGUAAGUCAGUUAACUUAGAGCAAGAAAAACAAUAUGGGUAUGACAAAAUACUCCCAAGUAAUUAUUUGGUACAUUAAUGUAAAUACAUUGAUGUCAUUGGUGUGCCAAAAUUAGAUACACUAGACUGAAUAGAUACAAUAGAAUCAAGCUUCUUCAAUUAUUGCACUUGUGUAUUAUGUGCUUUACAGUUUUGACACUUUUCCUUGGUGACACUCUUUCUCCAUCAAUUUCUAGGGCACUGGAAAGUCUGUUGUGAAAAUAGGAGCAAAACAUCAAGACAUGACAGGAGUGGUCAGACUUCCAUUAUAGCCUGCUUCGAAAAACAGGCCAAAGAUAAGGAACAAUCUUCUCAUUCUGAAUGUGAUCCAUUGAGCAACAAUGAAAAUGACUUUGACUUGGAAAAUUCAGGAUCAGCUAUAGAUCUUGAUAAUAUGUAAGAUAUAGGGCCAUAUACUGUUAGUAUAACAGUUUAAUAAUUUAUCAGUUAUGAAAUAUAAUAUAUUAAAGAGUUGUGUUAAAAUAUUGACAAUAAAGGUGUUAGCGGGCAUGUAUUUUCUUUUACUGUCGUUCCAAUUGAAGUGUUGCUCAAAUAUUGAUUCAAUACAUUACCUCGGGCUGACCAAUUCAUUUGAUCAAGUUCCUCGAGAUAUUCAUACACUUCCUAGUAUAAUUGUAAACUUCCUGUUGAAUAGUUUGAAUGCACCAAUCACCUUUGUUGUUUGUGCAACUAACCAAUCAUAAAUAGAAAGGAAGUGACCAGAAAUGAUCAAAUACUUGGAAUUGGCUCUUUCACAGGAAGUGUAUGAAUAUCUCGAGGAACUUGAUCAAAUGAAUUGGUCAGCCCGAGGUAAUGUAUUGAAUCAAUAUUUGAGCAACACUUCAAUUGGAACGACAGUAAAUUUCAGAGAAUAUUCUGAUGGCUUUUGUGAUGUGCCAGAUCUAGAGUUGUGUCUUCGUAACAAUGAUCAAGAAAUCCUUGAAAUGGAAGUGGAUAUUACACCUGAGACUGAUGAUGAUAGUUAUUCAUCGUCAUUCGAUGAAACUGAUAGUGAUGAUGGCAAGGAUGAGUUUAGAAAUAACAAAAAUUAUUUAGCAAAUGAAAUUAAAAGUGGAUUUAAACGAAUACACAUUGCGCAUGUUGACCCAGUUGCUGAGAAACUGCAGUCUUUCCUUAAUGCUGGUAUAUUUCCUAAGGAAAGCAUGUUUUAUAUUCUACUGAAAAACGCUGUCAGUUAUGUAGAUUGGCUUGCGAAAAGGAAAGAAAACCACAGUCUUCAAUUUCAGUGGGAGAAUGAAGUUCUUCAGUUUCUUGAAAGCCUUGAGUAUCAUGGUGGAAGAAAGGUUGUUAACUUAUUGAGGGGACCUGGUCAUGAUGGAGAAGGUCCGUCUGGUGCCGUUUCAGGUUUUGACUGGAAAAAAUGGAACUGGCCUUUACCUGGAAAGACAACACGUGAUAAAAUGUACAGCGGAUAUUCGACAGAGAAUGGAAUAUAUGCUCCCCUUCUUCAGAGUUUCUUGCAGUUGUCAAGUGAAGCUAAUAGUGAUAUACUAACACUCUAUGAAGAUAGUACAGUUAAAAUAAUACCUGUUGCACUCGCAAAAGACGGAAUGCAACUAAAACCUGGAUUGCUCUAUGACAGUAGACAAGGGAAAAUCAUUGGAAGUACUCUUAACUUGGAUUACAACUACAUAAAGCAAGGUGAACCCGAAAAAGUUACCCUGAAAAGUUCAAUUGUGCAAGAAGCAGAAGCCAUGUGCUUAACGACUCUUGAUGCAAAGUUUUCCCUUCCUGUCGGUGUAAAUAAUUUAACCAAAGGACUUACAGCGUUAGAUACUUUCAAUAUGAUGAAGAAUGAAACACAAGAAAUAAAUGUUUGCCUUGACCAUUUGCAACACAGCAGAACUGAUAGCAUUAUCGUUCAAAAAACCUGUUGCAGUCACUGUGCAAUCUGCACUGAAUUAGGAACUGUCUGUGAUGCUUGCAGUGACAAAGGCCACACUGUUACCGAACCUGCUUUGCGACCUUGUGAUUCUUGUCUGGAAAAAGAAAUUCAGUGCAUUAAAGCAGCAGUUGUGUGUGUUUCAGAGGAUUCUGAAUCAAGAAAUUCUGGUGCACAAAAAGAGCUUGUGAGAGUAAACGACGAACAGUCUGACCCGUUUUUAUCAAUCAUAUCUCCCAUUCCUGAUGGUGUACAUGUUGCUAAGAGAAAACGGAAGAGUUUCUCAAAUUGGUUCCUGUUAGUAAAUAACUACCGAAUAAAUUUGGUUCAACUCAGGGAGCUAAGUAAUGACCACGCCUUACAUUCAAAGCUAGCACCCUUGGUACCACUUAGUGCAGUUAGGAAUCGUGAUCGUCAAGAUGUCGAAUCUAUAAUGGAGAUCUCGAGUCCAUUGGUGAGAAAGAUUCUUACAGAUAAUGCUAAAACUGUAACUCACACUGUGGUACCUGAGAAGUACAGGCUAAGGGAGGACAACAAAAGCGGAGUUUUUAAGGCACCCAUUGGAACAUGCAUGGGUCUCUUAGGACACAUAUUUGUCAGUGAUGUUGUUCAAGGUAAGGUAUACAAGGUGCGAGCGAAUCACUAUCCAGCAAAUGUUACUGUGGAAAUGGAUAAUUUAGAACAUCCUAUUGGAGUUGCUGUUUUUAAAGACAUACUUUACUGUGUAGAAUCUCAACGGAACACAAUUGCAUUUAAAGAUUUAACAGGGGAGACAGUUGUCGAUGUGAACAAGUUAACUGUCGAGAAACUUAAGAAGAAGUUGAAAGACAUUGGUGCAUGGAAUGAAGAUUAUAAAAGAAAACCCAAAAAAUAUCUUCAAGAAAAGCUUAGAGAAGCCUUAAACAACAAAGUUGCUUCGGAAACAAAUCCAGCACAACAGACGACACACCGCAGAAACCUCCCUUCGCAUAUUCACUUUGACGGAGAAAUCAAGCAGCCGGUGGCGUUAUGUUUUGAUCAAGAUGGGAAUAUGUAUGUUUCGACAUUCACUGGUGCAGUAUAUGUCGUGUGGCUGCAUUGCAACUUAGUUAGCUUAAAGGGAACUUUGGUAUCUUCUCUUCAACUAAAUUCUACACUUCUUUAUGGGAUUGUGUCAUUGAAUAAUGUGGUCUAUGUAUCUGCACACGAAGAUAAUGGAGGAAUUUAUAAAAUUACCUUUGAUGAUGACAAUUGUGGCUUGGCUGAGAAGGUAUUAAACCGUUUUAAUCCAAGUCUUAUCGCCAAAUUUAGCAUCAAAAGUCUGUUGACGCUUGUUGUUGAAAACACAUUCUCAGAAAUGAGAAGUGGCGCCACCGACAUGCCAUUACAACUUGAAUUUGAUCACAGAUUCAGCAGAGCCAUUAAGGAACGUUUGAAAAGGCAAUGUUCUACACCAUUUGCUUACUUUACAGCCCCAAAGUCCUACUACCCACAGGUUUUCACCUCAACCAAUUACAAGGAUUUACCAAAGUUACAUCCUCCAAAGGCACACAGGCUAUCUGAGAAGCAAGUGAAUGAAAUGAGGAACUGGAGGGCAAUGUAUGGUCAGAGCGUCCCCCAGAAAACAGUGCGAAACAUGACUACAAAGGACAAUCCAGGAACGCUUCCUAUAAUCUGUAUGCAGCCGAUUCUCCAACUGUACAGCCUAUAGAUUUUGCCACGUUGAGUGAAUCAGCAGCGGUUUCAUCGGCGCACAAGGAAACAACAGAGACUCUAUAUAAAUUUAGCCAGAUUGUCUGUGUCAAAACUGAUUCCAGUGAUACUCAUCAGUUGUUCGUAAUAGCACUUCUGCAAGAGAAUGUGAGUGUUGGCAUGAAGAGGGUGAAAGCCAAAGUGUUCAAUCAAGAUCCUUUCAAUCCAGUGCUGUUUACGGAAGAGGAAGAGAAAUUUGUGGAAGUGAACAACAUCGUUUGCGAUUUGACAUGCUAUAACUACCAUGAAGAUAUUGUUGAGCUUAAUGAUAGUGAUCUUACUCUUCUACUUGAUAUGCUUCAGCAUACCAAUGAAGUCGUCACAAUCACAGAAGCAGAUACAAUGAGGCAAACUGCAGUGACAGAAGCCUCAGUCGACGAAGUUCAAGAUCAGUCAACACGAAUCCCGAGGAGAAGAAAAAGGCGGUUUGAAGACGAUUUUUUCUACUAUGAAUAG